AUGGCGAAUCCCUUUUUAAUGGACGACGAUAUGGGAGGCAUGGCAGAUGAUGCCACUGUCAAUCCCUUCCUCAUACAAUCAAGCAGCACAGAUGCUGCUGAAGACAAUCCCUUUGCCGCUGACUCCGCAGCAAAUCCCUUUGCUUUUGGUGAUGAUGGGGAAGGUGAAGGCCAAGUUGGUGAUAUUGAUCCGGCAAUGAGUUUCUUUGGCACAACCAUCGAGGCGGAGGAUGAUGUCCUUAGCAUUAAAUCUACUGCUGAAGAGGAGGAUCAAAGCAAGAAAGGCCCUCCCCCCAGGCCAGUGCCACCACAGACGCAAGAGCUUAUCAACACAGUAUCCAAUCAAAUGGAUGAGACCAGUUCGGAGUUGUUGGGACGCAUACCGGCCACACGUUCACCCAGCCCAGUGUCUAUGCGAGACUUGCAUUCACCCAGUCCCACACCUGACAGUGGUCUAGCCGAUCUUCUGGAUUGCUCGGAUAGUGGAUCCUCGGCUCAGGGCACUCACGGAUUUGGUGAUGCUGAUUUAAUGACUUCCGGCGGCAAUGCAGGACCAAAUGAUAAUCCCUUCGCUAUUCCAACAGGCAUACCCAACAUACAUGGUACCUCACCAGUACCACCACCAGCAAAGCAACAACCUCCUAGACCUCCACCACCCAGACCUGCUCCUCCACGACCAGUACCGCCCAGUAUGCCCGGCCAACAUGCACAGCCUCCACCUCCGCCAAGACCUGCACCACCUGCUGUAUUAGCUCAAAAUGAGACUGCUGCUGCUGAUGCUACUGUUCCAACAUCCGAAUCGGAUGAUCUCUUCAUGUUUGGCACAGCGCCACCACCAAAACCGCCACCUCCCAAGUCCAAGGAGGACAUACUGAGCCUAUUCGAUAAACCAUCGCAACCAGUGGCCAAACCAGAUCUCUUAAGCGAUGAUCUGGAGUUGGAUCCUACAGCUGCUGAGCCUGAGGUGGAGUCGGCCGAAGCAGUCGACGAUCCCAUAUUCAAUUCGGUGUUAACCCGACCCGAUGAGAGCACCCACAACAUAACUUCAGAACCACAAUCUGCCCAUGCACGUCAGGCCAAUGCCAACCGUAUUGCACCCCAGGAACUAACCAAUAAACAACGAGCGCCUACUCCCGACAUAGAAAUAACUACUGUGGAGGACUUGCCCCGAUCCGAUGAUGAGGAAGAGCCAGAACCGCAAACCCAGCCACCGAAAGAAGCCGCUGCUGCUGACCAAAAAGAGGAUUCGGGCGAAGAGGCCGAAACUCAACCUAAAGUAGAGCCUUUGCGUGAUGUCCCCGUUAUGGUAAUUGAGACGGAGCCCACUCCCCCUGCGGAAGACGAGGAGGACGAGGAUAAAUCCAUAGUACCUAAAACCACAGAGUCUGAUCAAAGUCCUCCCACAGAAUCGGCACAAACAAAUACCGCAGCCGACGAGUCGGGAGUGGAUUUCGGAGCAGGUGAUUCGCAUUACGAAUCACAUGAGCCAGUGGUGGAAGAAAUGGAUACAGGUUUAGAUUUUGCCCCACCCAGUGGUACCGGCUCGGCAAAUCCCUUUGCCAGUCCCGAUGAGGAAGAGGAGACCUUCCCUCCAGCUGGUAUGGUUACGAAUAUUUUCGCUGCCGAUGAUGCGGUGGUUGAGGAAAAUAUAUUCACCACUAUGGCUGGCACAGCGGCAUCCGAAAAUAUAUUCACCUCAAUGGCUGACUCAGGCACUGCUGAUAACAUAUUCACCUCAAUGGCAGAGGCAGCUCCAGUGAGUGUAGCGGAAAAUAUUUUCACCUCCAUGGCUGAUGGGGUGAUGGCAGGCGAAAACAUAUUCACCUCGAUGGCUGAUACCACCUCUGUGGCGGAGAAUAUAUUCACCUCCAUGGCAGAUAGCACUCCCAUACCAGCUGCAGCAGCCAUCAAUAUUUUUGCUGCCGAUCCAGAACCUGAAGUGGACACCACACAGUCCUAUGGCACGAAUAUUUUCGCCGAGCCCGAUGAGUUUGAUGCCUUUGCAGCCAAAUUUGAAUCGGUGAAAAAGGAUAAUAUCAGCAUUUUGGAUGGCUUUGGUGGGGGAGCAGGUUCAGGGGCAGUGACACCAACAACAGCAGAUGCUUGGGGUGACAGCGCUUUUGGCACACCCAAAUCGGGUGUUGAUGCUUUUGGUGAUUCCGCCGAUGGUUUUGGCAACGACGAUGACGAAUUUUAUGCCAUGAAAGCUCCCAUUCGCUCCGAGUCAGUGGAAUCUGUGGAGAAGGACUUUAAUGUGGUCAUACGUCCCAAAACUGAGGGAGCCAGUACGGUGGCGCCUCAAUUGGCUCCACCACCACCCACACGAGCCGCUCCCGCCGGCCAAUACGAUGAUACAUCCGCUGUGAAUCCCUUCGAAGAAAGCGGUUUCCCUGCUCCACCCGCAGUAGAUCCCACACUGAAACGCACAGAUUCCCAAGACACCCCACAAACCCCACUCUUCGAUGAGGAUGUCUCACAGCCGCUUGAAGAGUUCCCUCGCCUGCACUACGUUGGACCCGGUUGGGAAAUGCAGCUGCGUCAGCCCAACAAAAAGAAAAUCACCGGCCAGAGAUUUUGGAAGAAGAUAUUCGUGCGUUUGGUCAUACAGAAUGAUGUACCCGUGGUGCAACUGCUCAAUCAGGCUACCGACAAACAGCCCUUCCAGGAACUACCACUGCAGCCCUCGUACUCGGUGUCCGAAAUUGGAGCCCAGCAAUAUGAUCAGUUCGGAAAAAUAUUCACCAUGAAAUUGCAAUACAUAUUCUAUAAGGAAAGGCCCGGAGUGAGACCCGGCCAGGUGACCAAGGCCGAACGCAUCACCAAUAAGCUCACAAAAUUUGCACAAUAUGCCAUAGCGGGCGAUUAUGAGGGUGUCAAGGAGUUUGGCAGUGAUCUGAAGAAAUUGGGCCUGCCCGUCGAACAUGCUCCCCAAUCGUCGCAGCUCUUUAAGGUUGGCUCAAUGAAUUACGAGGAUAUGAAACAGUUUUCCAUCUGCAUCGAGGAGGCCUUAUUCCGUUUGCCCGCCCUAAGAGAGCGAGCGUUGACCUAUAAAAUGGAAGAAGUUCAGGUGACAGCCGUUGAUGAAAUUGUGGUGGAUCAGGAUAGCGAAGGCAAGAUAUUGAAGCAGAUAGCACGAGUGAGGGUAUUCUUUUUGGCUUUCCUAACGGGUAUGCCCAUAAUUGAGCUGGGUGUCAAUGAUAUGUGGCGCCAGGGCAAGGAGGUUGUGGGUCGUCAUGACAUCAUACCGGUGGCCACUGAGGAAUGGAUCCGCCUCGAGGCUGUUGAAUUCCACAGCGUGGUAUGCCAGGAUGAAUAUGAAAAAUCUAGACUUAUAAGAUUCCAACCCCCUGAUGCAAAUUAUAUUGAAUUGCUGCGCUUCCGUGUGAGACCGCCCAAAAAUCGUGAACUUCCCCUACAGCUCAAAGCCCAAUGGAUUGUCACCGGCAAUAAAGUGGAAUUGCGUGCCGAUAUUUUAGUGCCUGGUUUCACCUCGCGAAAACUGGGUCAGAUUCCUUGCGAAGAUGUCUCUGUUCGUUUUCCCAUACCCGAAUGUUGGAUAUAUCUAUUCCGUGUGGAAAAGCAUUUCAGUAUAUCGACAUCAUCGUGGCCAAAUAUGAAUCCAAGAUAUGGUUCGGUGAAGUCAGCCCACAGACGUACUGGUAAGAUUAAGGGUAUCGAACGAAUAUUGGGAGCUGUGGACACUCUGCAAGAGUCACUGAUAGAAGUCACCUCUGGUCAAGCGAAAUAUGAGCAUCAUCACAGAGCCAUUGUUUGGCGUUGUCCACGAUUGCCAAAAGAGGGUCAAGGUGCUUAUACAACGCAUCAACUGGUUUGUCGCAUGGCCUUAACCUCCUACGAUCAAAUACCCAGCGAAUUGGCACCCUACGCCUUUGUGGAGUUCACCAUGCCAGCGACACAGGUAUCGCAUACAACCAUAAGAUCCGUAAGUGUACAGGAAUCGGAAUCCGAUGAGCCUCCAGAGAAAUAUGUCAGAUAUUUGGCAAGACACGAAUACAAGGUUGGUAUUGAAACUACUCAUGGAGAAUCUACAAAUGCCUAUUUGGCUGCUACCAGGCCCAUACGUGAAGAGCCUACACAAAAGCCUGCAGCCUCGCCAGUACCGCCACCAAGCGAUUCGGACUCAGAUUCAAAUUAGAUUUAGUGAAACUCAAAACAGCAAAGACCCUAGUAAAUAUAUGAACUAAACUAAACUAAAGAAAAAUGACAAACAGGCUAAUGCUGCAAAUUAGAAAAAGAAAAAAAAAACACAAUCCAAUAGAAAACUCAUUCAGUAUUUCGUUGCUUACCAGUGGAAACCUUUUUGGAAGAAAGUUACUUCAAUACCAACAAUUCCUAUAUAUAUCCACACUCACCCUCUAAACAUAUAAACAUACCCUACGUAUAUACUCAUACAAAAUCAAUCUCAAAAAAGUGUGAAUGCAUAAAUUCAUUAUUUAGUAACUUUAACAACAUUAUACAUACAAACAUUAUAUACAACAACAAGAACAACUGCUAAUCGAUCUUUAUAUUAUAAGCUUAUAUUUAACAAUUAAACAAAAGCGAAAACCAAAAAAAAAACCAACUAAAGUUCCAAUAGAAAAAAAAACAACCAUAUUAACAAAAUUAAAGAAAACAAAAACACAGAAUUAAUUGUUAAAUGUUUAAAUUGAAAUAUUAACUAAAAACAAAAAAUAUCCUAAUCGAAAUCCCCAGGAAAAGAAUCUAAAAAAAAAAAAAUCAUGCGUCACAUAUAGAGCGAUUCAUAAAAUAUAUAUCCCUUAAAUUUCAGUUUAAAAUUAAAAAAAAAAAAAUCCAGUUCAGACCAUUGACUUAUACUAUCAAAAGAAAUGAUUAUAAAAUAAAGGAAAGCAUAUUUAUACAUAACUUA